GAACACCUCGCUUUCGCCGGAACAAAACGGUUAUUCUUCUUCAUUGUAUCCAGCUAGCCAUAAAUCUUUCGGUUUCCGCUAUGGCGCCAAAACAGCGUCGUGCAACCAACUCCAAAGCCAAAGCGACACCGACAUCUGUCACCUCUCCGCCCGAUCAAUCAUCACCAGUACGCUCAAGAGGCGGGUCAUCAUCCCUCUCCCCGAUCAGGUCACCGCAAGAAAACUCCGACUUGGAGGACAACAACGAGCGGCAUCCAGGGACCAACGGAUCUGGAUUGAAGGCCGAAGACGAAGGGUCGACAGAUUUACUUGAUAGAGAUGGCGAUUUGGAAGAAGUUCAUGCCUGCCCGGACAGUAUUACAUUUCGUUAUCCUUCGUCGGUUCCCGAUUUUACCAUCCUCAGUCCACGUGAAAAAGCUUUCAAAGUAGCGAGGUUCUUACAUUGUACAGCCCCUAGUUGUGCCUGCACUGGCCUUGAACCUCCUGCCGGCAGAACGAUCCGAAUAACCAAACAUGAUUCCAGCAAUGAGGACGAAGACGAUGAGGACGAGGAUGACGAUGUAUCUAUGGAGGACUCUGAAAAUCCAUUGGAUUUUGAAGAUAAGAAAGAUGAAUGGAGGACGAAAGAAGGGUGGUGGAGAAUAUGCGGAAAGUGUGGACACGGUUGGGAGAGUGGGGGGCAUGUCUGGGCUGAUGAUGUCCCUCCGAAAGAAAGGACAAGAAGAGGCAAGGUUGUUGGGAGGAUAGAGGAAAUACUCGAAGAUGAAAACAAGCUCGUUGAAUUCCCCACUCCUCAACCCGAAUCCAUUUCUUCCCUGUUGAAACAAUUGCACGAAUUUGUACCCCCGCCUGCCGGGAAAACGACCAUUUCUGCUCUUCCUCCUCCUGUUGAUCUUUCUACCCCUGAUGAUGAUACGCAAGAAGAUAAUAGUGACGGCGAACGACCGCGAAAGCGCCGACGGCAAGCAAGCGAAUCUACUCACUCUGAUAUCGAAGGAGAACAGCACCGAGGUCAGGGGAAAAAGAAACAAGGAAAGGGCCCUGCGAAAGGCGCUAAACCGAGGGUACCCCGUACUGUCGUCCGAGGGGCGCAUGGUUUUAUUCCUAUGGCGACGGACCCCGACGGCAAUCAGCAUGUUGAAGGACACCUCCCCAUUAGUGCCGGAGGUACAGGGGCUGAUGAAACCUUUGAAGAGGAGGAGGAGGAAGAGGAGGAGCUGUCAACAGCUAAACGGCCAGAGCUGGAUGAGACCGAGAGAAGAAGGAGAACAGAGAUUAAAGUCAAGGAAAAAGAAAGGGAAGAAGAGCUAGUCAGCAGGUUGGCUGCUGGUGUCAAUCCGGAGGAUGCAGGAGGGGCAGUCGAAAUUUGGGAAGGGAUUGAGCUGCAAAAGCUUCCUCUUCGGCCGGCCGCGAUUGAACAAGCAAAUCGAGAAAUCAUGCUACCCGUCGUGUCCUCCCGCAACCCAACCCCGGUCGCCACCAUUCUACUGGUUGGCCUCAAGAAUGUCUUCCAACGUCAACUUCCAAAGAUGCCUAGAGAAUACAUUACCCGCCUAGUAUUGGACAAAAAUCAUAUCAGUAUGGCGAUCGUUAAACGAGGGUACCGGGUAGUAGGUGGAAUCUGCUACAGGCCCUUUGAGGCUCGAGGGUUUGCGGAGAUUGUUUUUUGUGCCGUAGACAGUUCCGAACAAAUCAAGGGUUACGGGUCACAUCUGAUGAAUUCGCUCAAAGACCACGUCCGAAAAGCACACCCAACUAUCAAUGUCUUCCUGACUUAUGCAGAUAAUUAUGCUGUGGGAUAUUUUAAGAAGCAGGGUUUCACCAAAGAAAUUAGCUAUCCGCGUGAGCGCUGGGUCGGUUACAUCAAAGAUUACGAAGGUGGGACCAUCAUGCAGGGGCGAAUGCUGCCAAAAGUCAAGUAUAUGGAGGUCCAUCAAAUGUUAGCGGACCAAAAGGCUGCCAUAAUCGCUAAGAUCAAAACCUUGACCAAAUCCCAUAUCAUUCACCCGGGUUUACAAAUUUUCAAGGAACGUCAACCUGAUGAAGAAAUCAAACUCACGAAGGAGCAAGUUCCUGGAUUAGCUGAAAGUGGAUGGAAUCCCGAUCUUGAUGAUAUCGUUCGCCAACCAAAGCGAAAUCCAUACCAUGUUCUCCUUCAACAUGUUCUGAAUGAUCUGCAGAAUGAGCCUUCUGCAUGGCCUUUUGUGAAGCCUGUGGACUCAAGUGUAGUGGCGGACUACUAUGAUGUAAUCAAGGACCCUAUGGACCUGUCCACCAUGGAAUACAAAUUAGAGAACAACCAUUACGAGUCUAUUGAAGGCUUCGUUGCCGACGUGAAGCUCAUGUGUGCAAAUUGCCGACAGUAUAAUGGCGAAAAGAGCACCUACACCAAACAAGCAAACUUGUUGGAAAAAGCUCUAGAUAGAAUCUUGAAAAAACGGAAAUCAGUUCUGGCUGACUGAGGGGAGUGAAAAGAGGGGUAAAGCGCAUUAUAAAGUGUACGCUAGUACAUUGUGACAUACAUUUCAAGCUGUAUUUUACAGGAUAUGAGCGUUUGAUUUGAUAGUAAUUAGGGUGUUCAACUGCUGAUCAUCCAACCACAAAAACGUUGUUGUAAUGCAUUGAGAUGGAUUCAUCGAUAGAUAGACCGUUUCAUGUGUAACUGAUGAUGAGAACUCUUCUAUCCAUUAUUUGCUGAUGUAAUGUUCU